CCAGAAAAUAUCAUGCUGUUUCAGAAGGGCGACCCCAAGAUCAAGAUAAUUGACUUCGGCUUGGCUCAAAAUCUGAAGGAAGGAACCACCUUCAAAAGCCUGUGUGGGACUCCACAGUACAUUGCCCCUGAAGUGAUCAACUAUGAGGCCCUGAGCUGCGCGACGGACAUGUGGAGCAUUGGCGUGAUCACAUACAUCUUGCUGAGCGGUAUGUCUCCGUUCCAGGGGGAGACGGACACCGAGACGCUCUCCAACGUCGUGGCCGGCUCCUAUGAGUUUGAGGACAAGUAUUUCAGCCAGACUUCGGAGCUGGCGAAGGACUUCAUUCGACAGCUGCUGGUGAAGGAGCCCGGGAGCCGAAUGACAGCGGCCGAAUGCCUCCUCCAUCCCUGGAUCAAGCCCCUCAACCGGAAGCAGGCGGUCAGCCGGAACCGGUCCUCGAUCAACAUGAAGAACUUCCGCCGGUUCAACGCUCGGAGGAAGUGGAAGUCCAGGGCGGGUCUGGGGGGCCUCCGGGGAGACCCUUCUCUUCCCCCGCCACGCCCUCCCUCUGCCUGCUCCUGUUUCAUUGUUGCCUUUUCCUGCCCAAUCCAGCGCGACUGCGAGAGUGACCAAGAAGAUGGUGCUGGCAGCCCAGCGGCCUUGCUGCGCAGGCGAAGAAGCAGCUGCUCUUGAGUCUCUGGGCCUGCCCCCCCCCCCCCGUCAUCCUGCCCAGCCGUCCAACCAGCCGCGGGGAGGAUUUGCAGCCACGGAGGAGCAUUCCUCUGGGAGGAGACGGGCUGCUCAUGAGCCACGGAGGUGGACGGGCCUGCUGACCGCCUGCAGAGCCUUCUGGCGAAGGGCCUUGGGGCGGCCCUGGCAAGGUGUGUGUGGGGGUGCCCGCCCCAGGCGCAUGGGGCGCCCCUUCUGGGUGCUCCUGGGACGUGCAGCCUCUGGACCCAGAUGUUCAGGCCCACUCCUUGCCUCAGACCCGCAGGGGGGGGACCCCACCUGGGCUACCGAAGGACAAGGGCGGGCCUGGGGAAGGUGCCUGCAUUUGCUAACCUUUUCUCACAAAAGCAAUAAAGUGCACAAAAGA